AUGGAGAGUACGAAAGAUGUUAAAAAGGCAAAUGAACACGUAGAUAAAAAUCUAAAAUGUGAAGCUUGCGAAGUAGAUGGAAUACAAAAACCUGCCACCGCGUUCUGCGUUGAUUGUCAGGACUACCUGUGUUUUGACUGUUCCAGUUACCACUGUGUCCCGAAGCCGACGAAACAUCACAAAGUGUUACUACAGCAUGAGAUGCCAGGAAGAAAAGCUUCAACCUCUCUCUCAGAAGAUUGUGCAAAACACAAAGGUGAGACGAUAAAAUUUUACUGUAAAGGUCACAAGGCUUUGGGUUGUCAUACCUGUAUCGCAACCGUGCAUCGCACAUGUACUUCUCUGCAAGCAAUAACAGAUUUUACGAAAGAUAUAGAUAAAGCUCCGUUAUAUAAUGAAGUAAAAAAGGAAGUGAAAGAAAUGGCGCAAAUGUUUAAAGCACAGAAAAACAGAAUCCAAGAAAAAGAUCAGUUAAGCAGACGCUGCAAUGCAACCGCCUUGACACAGAUGAGGCAACGUAGGGUGAUUAUAAACAAACAGUUUGACAAACUGGAACAAAACAUUGAGAAAGAAUCAGCAAAAAUGUCUAGGGAAGAUACUUUAAAAAUGAAACAACUAUAUGACUCAUGCACUGCUAAACUUGAUGCACUUGAAGAGAUAAAGUCAGACCUUGACCUUCUUGAAGAGACCAAGCAACAAAAACAGUUGUUCAUAGCGACAGUGAAAACUGCUGUGAAGAUAAGAGAAAUGAAAUCAGCUCUUCUGACAAUAAAGGCAGACACGAAAAUAAGACAAUUUCAGCUGUUUCCAAAUACGCUAUCAAAUUCUCUUGCGGUCAGAGAAGAUUCUUUGGGCCAACUUGAGAUCUGCGAAUUUGAGAACAAUAUGCAGGCCGACUCAAAAAGCAGCUAUGAACAAGUCGGUAUUUCAACACUCAUAGAAAUGCAAUCCACAGACGUCGUUGCGACCGAUUAUCAACGGUGUCUGGUAGUCCUCUAUGACUGUAACUUCACUAAAAAAGGACAUCUAAAAGUUUCUACGGGCCCAUGGGAUAUGACGAGAACCAGUGAAAAUGUCGUGGCAGUCACACUGCCACACGAGAAGAAAAUUAAGUUUUUGUAUGUUGACAACAGGAUUCAAGACGUCAGUCAGAUAUCAGCACCAGGCAACUGUAGGGGCAUAGCAGCAGUAAAUGAUAAGUUAGCGGUGACAUUCUCAAAUCCUGCAGGAAUAAAAAUUUUAAGUGGUAUCGGAGAGGUGAUCAAAGACAUUCCUUUGAAUACAACAACUGUGCAGCUUAAGGAACCCGCUUAUGUCGCUGUGGAUGAAGACAAGAAUAUUUUUGUAACCGACCCGGUGACGAAUUCAGUAGCAAAAAUGAACUUAAUCGGAUGUGUUCAAGGAGUCUGUAGGGAUAUAAAAAAGCCGUUGCACAUAUGUGUUCACGACAAGAAUCUGCUUGUUUCUGAAUGCGACUCGGCCAUCGUUCACAUAUUGACUCCAGACUUUAAAAAGCUGGGCACCGAAGACAGUUUCAGCAAAGACUAUAUUGGUGAUGUUUCCAUCUCCCCGAGAGGAGUCUCAUUCCAGGGGAUUUUGAAGAUGAAGCAAGAAGAGCUGGAGACGACGUUGCAUGAACUUAGCAAUGUACAAUUUACUAAAUUCAGGAAAGAAUUUCACAGUAAUCCUGACAAAAAAUGUGUAAUUUUGUAA